AUGGGUAUCAUAGAAAAGCUUCAGAAAAAGCUAGAAGGUGGAAAGUUCAGACUUUUGAACGAGAAGCUGUACAAGAACAGGGGGCUGACAGAAAAAGAGGCACUGGACUACCACAAAUACUAUGAAAGCCAGGUGAAGAAGUGGCCAUGCGAUCCAAAGAAGACUAUUAUCAAUAAGAUAAAGAAAUGCGGACAGGACAACUUGAAAAUAGCGGAUUUGGGAUGCGGCUCAUGCGGGAUUGCAGAAAAUUUCAAGAAUGUUAGUUCCUUUGACAAGUAUCCAAUCAACGACAAGGUUGUAAAGUGCGAAUUAAGGGAAAUCCCAGUGGAGGAUAAGCAGUUCGAUGUGGCUGUCUGCUGUCUUAGUCUGAUGAUGACGAAUAUUGCAAGAGUUUUGAGGGAGACUAAUCGCAUUCUUAAGGUGGGUGGGGUGUUUUAUAUGUCUGAGGUUGCAAGCAGAGUGAAAAACAUGAAAAAAUUUAUAAACAGCGUUGAAAAGCUUGGAUUUAAGGUCCAGGAUGUUGACAAGACCAGCACCUACUUUUUCAUAUUGAAAUUUGAGAAGAUCAGCGAUGUCAGUACUGAGAAUAAGUUACCAGUGGUGGCACUAAGCGCCUGGACAUAUAAAAAGAGAUAA